AUGAAAUGGUCCGCAAUUCCUUUCGAAUCAUUGUAUCGUUCUAUUGAGGACGGUGAGUUCGAUUUUGAUUUAUUCAAAGAAAUACUUCCUGACUUACAGAAUUUGAACCUGAACACUGGCAAACUAAAAAACAAUACUAGCCGAUCACAAUUAGAAAAAGGUGAAGUUACACUAUCCGAUGGUUCUACUUUUAAGCUUAAUCAAGAGUUUAUUUUUGAGGCCAUUUCUUUAUCAGACGAACUGAACUUAGAUGAAAUUGUUACAUGCGAAUUGAUACUCUCCAGUGAUGCCACCGCGAAUAGCGGCAAAGUACAAUACUUUUUGAGAAGACAAUUUAUUCUUCAAAUUGUUUCUUUUAUAGUCAACUGUUUCCACGAAGACACUGAACUGUACCAAGAACUAUUAAAGAACGGAGUUUUAGUUUCUAAUAUACUUCCAGCUUUUAAGUUCAUUCAUACACAGCUAUCUGAAAUCAAACAACAAAUUAAUAAGGCCCAAAUAUUAGAAAAUUAUAAUGUCUUAUUCAGGCAAAACAUCAAGUUUAGAAGAGAUUUCCUGUUGAGGGAAUAUGAUAUUUUGAGUCAAAUUUUGUACGGUUUAGUGGAUAAAGGGGCCGUCAUGAAAAGCAAGGAUUUUGUAGUAUCUUUGCUUGAUCACGUAUCAGAGCUAGAUUCAAAUGAUUUUUUUAUAGUAUAUUAUAUUCCUGCAUUUUUCCAUCUUUUCGCAUCUUUAAAGGUCAUGCCCGAUGCAGAUGUUAAAUCGUUACAUUCUCAGUUCGUAAAGGACUUAAAGGACGACGGCAUAUAUUCAAAACCGGCUAAAGUAGCUCUCAUUUUUAUUUUUUUGGCCUAUUUCAUUGGAUGGUGUAAAGAAGAACCAAAAAGGAGGGCUGAUGUGAUGGAUUUCAAAACUGACGUGGACGAGCCAAUGACCUCUGCCGUUGAACUAGGUGCCAUCGAACAAAUCUUAAUAUUUGCUGCUGAUACUUCUAUCGUGGAACAGGACAAGAGCAUGGAACUAUUCUACGAUAUAAGAUCUCUGUUAGAAAGACAUAUUCCAAGGUUAAUUCCGAAACAACUACUUGAUGAUGAAAAAAUAUUCAGUCAAGCUACGAAUUCUACCUACAACUCCGCAGUUGCAAGCAGCAGUAUGAACAGUAGCGGAAUAUGGAAUUCUUCCUAUCCUGGGAUGAUGUCAACUACUGAUAGUACUCGGUUAAAUUGUACGCCUAGUAAUUUCAACGAAUACUCCUAUACAAAUAUCGUUUUAUCCGAACAGACUCAAGAGUUUUUUCUUUCAGCCUUUGACGAUGUGCUUCAAACAAUUAUUACAGAUUGUGCUUUUUUGCUUACAAAAAUUAAAGAUGCGGAGGAAGAUUCUUUGCUGUCUGGUGAAGAUUUAACUUUAGAUGACAUAUCAUUAAAGGCAGAUUUAGAAAGGUUUUUCUUGUCAAUAUAUUUUUUCUAUGCAUCAAGGCCUGAAUAUUCCAGUGCCUUCUGGUCAGAUAAAGAAUCAAAUGCUUAUGGUUUUAUUGAAUGGUGCUCAAGAUGCAACGACAACUUGAUGAGAUCUUGUUUCUAUUUGAUGAUCUCAAGUCUGUCCUUUGGUCCUGAAAAUUCUCUAAAUGUUUAUCAUUAUUUUGGAGAAAACAACUCCAUCUCAUGGAAAAACAUUGCACAAUGCGUUAGCGAUUACACCAAAAAAAUCAGCAAUUUCAACACAAGUCUUCAAAAGAGACAGCAAUUCAGUGAAUCAACUCACAACGAUAUUGACUCAACAGCAGUGGCUUUAGAGGAAGGCUUGAACGAAGAAGCUGUAAUAUUUUUAUCAUCUUUGUUAACCUUGGUCGGAUCAAUUACAUACCACGUUGAUGAAGAUGUGAAAAUCGCGCUAUCAACAAUUUUCUCUGAUAUUCUUUUUGAAUUUACCAAGAUGAACACGCCUCUAGUAGGCGCUGCUUUCAAAGUUUUAAGUAAUCUCGUUCCGAAACUUGAAUCAUCAAGAACAAAAUUUUGGUCCUUUCUAGACUCCCUAGUUUUUCAGAAUUCAUCAUUGAACUCUUCAUCAGAAUCUUACAGAACUGCUUUUACCAGCAUACUUACAAAAUAUUCUGAAGUCCUAGGGUUUCUGGAACUGUUCCAAAACUUAAUUUCUAUUCAUUCUCGUGAAAGUGGUAGCGAAUACAUGGUUUUUGGUAAAUUAGCAUUUCCAGCAAGGCUAGGUCAAGGUUACAGAAAGGUAGGUAUAUGGCCAUAUUUUGACUACAUUUUCAAUGAUAUUCUAGCACAUAUACACCAAAUCACUGAUGUCAGAAACAGAAGAGCCGUUCAGCUUCCCGUUUUCAAAAUUAUUUAUACAGGUUUAUGCUCUUUUGACUACAGCGUGAUUCUGAACUCUAUUCCUGCUGCUGCAAAUUUGAAUGCUUUGGUAGAUUGUGAGAAUUUUUUCAAUUAUGUCCAAGAGUGCCCAACAACCCCAGUAUUCAACUAUAUUUUUACGGAAAAGGUUUUCAAAAGUAUAUUUAAUGUAGUUGAUAUUGGUAUCGAUCAAUUAUCCAUUGAGUUAGAAGGUGGUAAAAAUCAGGCAGAGUUGUUGCAAGUAGCCGUGAAAAUUAUAAACAAAGUAUUGGAUUACCAAGAGACAUACGUGGAAGAAUUAUUUCCCAUUGUCAAGAAGCAUGGCAAAACUGAUUACUACAUGCCAAAGAACUAUUCUCUUCACGGGUUACGUUCGUUUUACGAUGCUAUAUUCUUCAACAUCCCACUUGUUGCACACUUGGGUUUAUACGUCGGGAUUGAUGACCACAUCUUAGCAUCCAAUUCACUACGCAUAUUGGCGAAACUCUCAGAACACCCUGAUGACUCUAUUAGAUCAUCGCCGAAGAGAGAUAAGUUGUUGACGAUAUUUGAUUCUGUGGAUGAAUCUGCAAGAAUAAAGGAUGCAUUUAUUACACAGUUGGAAACCUCUAUAAUUGAUACUGAUGUUCUGACUUUGAAGCUGGAGCUAUUAGACUUUUUAACUUCAAAUUUGUCUAACUGCAGUCGAACGACAAGUAUCUCCCAUCUUUUAUUAGGUUUCCAGGUCUCAAAUGUUAUAUCUCUGGGUCCUAAUUUGGCGACAUUUAUAUCUUCAGGAACUUCUUUACUCAACUCCAUCAUAAAUCUACUCGAAGCUUCAUUGAACAGUAUUACCAAAGACAAUAUUGAUUAUGCAGCCAUGAGGCUAGCUACAGUGGCACUGGAAAUUAUCCUAAAACUAUGUCGUAAUCCGUUAACAUCAGGUUUACUAUACCCGUACCUAAUCGAACAGAAUUUUUUUGAAAGAGUAAUGAUUCUCGAUCCACAAGUUACAAGGUUCACAACGUGGAAUGGUCGUCCAUUUGAUAACUCCACGAAAGAAAAGGGCAAAGAUUUUGUUGAAAGCGAAUCCAUUGGAGCAUUUUUGUCAUUCUUAGCGUACAGGAACUAUUGGACACAAUAUUUGGGUCUAUUUAUUCACAAAAUUUCUUUUUCGGGUACGAAAUCAGAAGUUUUAACAUAUGUGAAUUAUUUAAUCUCAAAUACAAUGUAUUCAGUAAGGCUAUUUUCCUUCUUGGACCCAUUAAAUUAUGGUAAUAUCUGUGAAGCAAAAGAGACCUUAUCAAUCUUCAACAAUAUUCCUUUGCACUUAGAACAAGUUCCUUUAAACAGGUAUUGUUCUGGUAAUAUCUAUGAUUUCCGCGAAAUGGAAAAGCUCAUGCGUCUAGUUAAGAGAGUUCGUGCCGAAAGCUUAUAUCCCAAUUCCCUUGUUCCCGAUGUGUCAAAAGAUCAAUUUAUAAAGGAGGCAAACUCCGAGUGCAUAAAAGCUAAAGAUUACUUCACCAGUAUCAUAUCAAGAAGUAAAGCUUUGGAGCUAAAUUUAUCUGUACUACACUCUUGGGUACAGUUGGUACAAAUUAUUGUCACUGAUGGAAAAUUAGAACCAUCAAUACGAUCAAAUUUUAUUCUAGAAGUUUUUGGUACAAUAAUACCUAAAAUUAGUGAUUAUGUUGAGUUCAAUAUAACGUUUUCAGAAGAAUUAGUUUCUCUCGCUGUUUUCCUAUUCGAUAUAUAUAACCGCGAUCGUAAGUUAAUUACCGACAAAGGUACGGUAGAUGGCAGGUUAUACCAGUUGUUUAAGACCUGUAUUCAGGGAAUAAAUUCCCCACUAUCCUCCGUGACAUUGAGAUCUGAUUUUUAUAUAUUAGCAAAUCAUUAUUUGAGUAGGGUGUUAAGCGAUCAAGAAGGGUCAGAAAGAGUUCUACAAGACUUGAGACUAGGAAGUAAAAAACUGGUGGAAAUCAUAUGGAAUGACGUUAUUUACGGUGAAGGUACUAGUAGAGUUACGGGUAUGUUGCUAUUGGAUUCUUUAAUACAACUGGCAAAUAAAACUAAAGAGAAUUUCGUAUUAGACUCUCUAAUGAAAACUACGAAGCUGCUAUUGAUUAUACGUUCGCUGAAAAACACGGAUGCUCUGUUAGGCUCUACGACGGAGCAUAUAAACAUAGAUGAUCUGUUGUAUGAACUGACAGCAUUUAAGGCCACCGUAUUCUUUUUGAUUCGUGUCGCCGAAACUAGAAAUGGAGCAAGCGCCUUAGUUGAGAAUAACUUAUUCCGAAUAAUUGCUGAGUUGUCAUUUCUAAAGGUUGAUCCUGAUUUAGGUUUAGAGCUUGUGUUCGACGAGGUUUACCUUCAGAAUUCUAAUUUUUUGAAAGUCAACGUCACUUUAGAUAACCCACUAGUAUUUGACAAAGAUACCAAUGGCGUCUCCUUGUUAGAGUUGAUCGUUCCUAUUUUCCAGUUAAUAGCAGCUGUUUUAGUGAGUAUGGGAAGUUCGAAUAAAAGCGUCGUUCAAAGGGUAAAAAGCUUGCUGAGUAUGUAUAAAAGGUUAGUGGUAGGAAUUUUCAAAAGAGAUCUUUUAAGAGAAAAAGAUGAAAGAAAAAAAUCAACGGAUCCUAGUACCCAAAGUUUAAAUGAAAUGGUGAAGUUAAUUGUGAUGUUAUGCACUUUAACAGGAUAUCAGAAUGAAGACUAA